CUGGCUGUGGGAUGGGAAGUGAAGCCCCAGCGAGCGGCUGUGGUGGGGCUGUGCGGAGCAGCCAGCGGGAGGCGGCGGCGGCAGCGCGGCGGUGAGCAGCCGAGAGCGCGGAGCCGGGCGGAGGAAGCACCUGCAGGCACAGGCGGCGGCUCCACCAUGGCGAUUCGCAAGAAGAGCAACAAGAACCCGCCGGUGUUGAGCCAUGAAUUCGUGCUGCAGAAUCACGCGGACAUCGUCUCCUGUCUGGCGAUGCUCUUCCUGCUGGGGCUUAUGUUCGAGAUAACAGCAAAAGGAGCCAUCAUCUUUGUCGCCCUUCAGUACAACGUUACCCGCCCUGCAACAGAAGAACAAGCUGCUGAAUCAGCAUCCCUUUAUUACUAUGGUAUCAAAGAUUUGGCUACAGUGUUCUUCUACAUGCUAGUGGCGAUAAUUGUUCAUGCCAUAAUUCAGGAGUAUGUGUUGGAUAAAAUUAACCGACGGAUGCACUUCUCCAAAACGAAGCACAGCAAGUUUAAUGAGUCCGGGCAGCUCAGUGCGUUCUACCUUUUUGCCUGUGUGUGGGGCACAUUCAUUCUCGUCUCCGAAAACUAUAUCUCAGACCCGACGAUCCUGUGGAGAGCGUAUCCCCAUAACCUGAUGACAUUUCAAAUGAAGUUUUUCUACAUAUCCCAGUUGGCGUAUUGGCUCCAUGCAUUCCCUGAACUCUACUUCCAGAAAACCAAAAAAGAAGAUAUUCCUCGCCAGCUUGUCUACAUCGGUCUUUACCUCUUCCACAUUGCUGGGGCUUACCUUCUGAACUUGAACCAUCUGGGCCUUGUUCUUCUGGUGCUGCACUAUUUCGUUGAAUUUCUUUUCCACAUUUCUCGUCUAUUUUAUUUUAGUGACGAGAAGUACCAGAAAGGGUUUUCUCUUUGGGCGGUUCUUUUUGUUUUGGGAAGACUUCUGACCCUAAUUCUUUCAGUCCUCACUGUUGGCUUUGGCCUGGCAAGAGCAGAGAACCAGAAGCUGGACUUCAGUACUGGGAACUUCAAUGUGUUGGCGGUUAGGAUCGCGGUCCUAGCGUCCAUUUGCAUCACUCAAGCCUUCAUGAUGUGGAAGUUCAUUAACUUCCAGCUUCGGAGGUGGAGGGAACAUUCUGCCUUCCAGGCCCCUCCCGUGAAAAGGAAACCGGCUGUGACCAAAGGCAGGUCUUCCAGAAAAGGAACAGAGAAUGGUGUGAACGGCACGGUCACGUCGAAUGGAGCCGACUCUCCUCGGAGCAGGAAAGAGAAGUCUUCCUAAUGGGCCGGAAACUGACUGACUGAUGUCCCCCAAAGAAUCUGCUUUCUACUCUGUCCUUCAGCACUAGCGACUCUUCUGUUCUUGAAAAUACAGUUUGCUCUUUGAUUUUGCUGUUGCACUGUUCCUGCAUUGUGAGGGGCGUCUGAGGGGAGGGUGAUUGAUUACUCUGAGGUGAUUGAUUACUCUGACUGAGAAAUACUUUAGCUUAGACUCAGCUACCUGCCUUCAAAUAGUUUAGGGACCACCUUUUUGUUUUUUUGUUUUUCCUUUUUGUCUUUAAUGUUUUUCCCUAAUGGUUUAGGGAGAAACCAUUUACAAACACCCCCCCACACACACACAUAACCAGUGAACAUUUUUCUUGCUCUCACCAAUUUUUUACAAUAUUAUAGCAAGGUGACCUGUUCUAGGAAGGUCGUAUUUUUUAAGUUGUCUUUCAGGGUGAAAUGGAAAUACUAUAAAGUCAGAUGUCAAACUUUUAAUGUUUUCAGUGUUCUCUAAUUUUUAGGAGUUUUUUGUAGCCUUUACACCUGAAAAAAAAAAAAAAAGAUUUGUAAAAUCACCCAAAUAAUUGUGUGCUUUAUUUUCUAAGUCGUGGUUGUACAUGCUACAUCCCAUUAAAAUGUCCUGAUAGCCGCUGCAAGGUCUGUUGUCAUCUACUGGAGCAGAUGUCUCGUUAGCAUAAGGAAGUGAAGUACUUAGGAAGUAAAGUCUGUGCAUUUCAACAUUUAUCGUCUGGCAGUCAGACAGUGUUUCCUGUGAGGAGGAAUAGUCAACUCGUGUAGCCCUUUUGAUAUGUUUAGUACCUAACCGGGCUGCUUGUAAAUUUGAUGCACAUAGCAUCUUAAUGAGAUAGCAGUUAACCUGCAAGCCCUUUAAAGAAGUAAUGCCUGUUUGAUUUACAUCUGUAGAAAACAGGUCAGGUAAUUAUAUUUGGGAAACUAAUGCACUAACUUUAAAGAAAUUGAAAAUUCAGGUGGAUAGUCUUAACAGAAGACAUGCUUUAUGUUAUAGCUUUGGACCCAUCUUUAAUUGAGAAAUGUUUAUCUGUAUAAAACAUAUUUUUGGAUAAAUAUAUAUAUAUAUAUAUUUGUAUCUACAGAAAGGCUCUAAACGCAUUUGAGUAAAAUCCUGGUUCCCUUUUCUACGCCUGUCCUCGCACCCUGCGCUUGUUCUGUCUGCUGUUGUCACAGCACAUGCAGUGCUCCAUCCGUCCCUGUUUCUCACUCUGUCACCAGCUAAACAAUGUCCGUGCCAUGUUGAGUAUAUUCGCUACAAGCCUCAGCCUGUGGGUAGGUUGCCAUGCUGCUGGAAAGCUGUUCUUUCUCUUCUCUAGGUGUUUACCUUCUUCCUGGGAAAAGUAGUCGCUCUCGGUAGCAGUACCAAGUUUCAGUGGAACCAAAUUUCUGCCCUUAAAACUGGCAUUAUAUUGAACGAUACAUUGAGAAAUCAGUCGAAUAAAAAAUUUUUACUUUCA